UACCCUCCCUAGUUACACGAAUGCAUAUUGUCUAUACAAAACUAUGGUACGUCUGUAUGUACCUAUGAGUUCUUAAAUUGCCGCGGAUAGUAGAUAAUUUUCCAGUAGGCGAUUAAACCGUACAAGUGACUGUAAUCUUUUCGCCGUCCAGUACAAAUGUCUACAUCUACAGGUGAUAAGAAAAAAACUUGCUCUACAAAUGGCAUAAAAGCAGUAAGCGAAGAAUUCAGUCCCACUGAACACCAACAUAUUCGAUAUAAUCCCUUGAAAGGAGAAUGGGUACUAGUAUCGCCACAUCGUAUGAAACGACCAUGGGGAGGACAAAUAGAGUCAAGUACAGAGGAAGACCUUCCAGAUUAUGACCCUAAUAAUCCUCUUUGUCCAGGCAAUAUUAGAGCUAAUGGACAGGUAACUCCAAUAUAUGAAAACACAUACUCAUUCAUCAAUGAUUUUCCUGCAUUAUUGGAAUCAGUUCCUAAUCCAACAAAGUCAGAAGAUGAAUUAUUUCAAAUGGACUCGGCCAGAGGCACGUGCAAAGUAAUGUGCUUCCAUCCAAAAUCAAACGUAACAAUAGCUCUUAUGAAAGUAGCUGAAAUCAAGGAAGUGAUUAAACGAUGGAUUUUUGAAAUGCUUGAAUUGGGGGAGAAAUGGACCUGGGUGCAAAUAUUUGAGAACCGUGGUGCAUUGAUGGGAUGCAGUAAUGCACACCCUCAUUGCCAAAUUUGGGCCAGUUCUUUUCUACCAAAUGAAGCCAAAAUAAAAGAUAAAUAUCUUAGUGAUUAUUAUAAUCGCAAUAAGAAACCACUUCUUAUUGAUUAUGUGCAUAAAGAGCUCUUUAAAAAGGAGCGUGUUGUAUUAGAAAGUCGGGACUGGGUGGUGUUAGUGCCAUUCUGGGCGGUAUGGCCAUAUGAAACGAUGAUAUUACCUAAUCAGGAAUCACUGGCAGUUGUUAUGAAAAGAUUGUGUACAAAAUAUGAUAAUUUAUUCAAUUGCUUCUUUCCUUAUUCUAUGGGUUGGCAUGGCGCGCCGACUGGUCCGUAUGGAAAACAAGAUUAUCCUUAUUGGACUUUUCAUGGGAUCUACUUACCACCUUUGCUACGAUCAGGAACUAUUAAAAAACACAUGGUUGGCUACGAGCUUUUAGCACAAGCACAAAGAGACUUAACGCCGGAGCAAGCGGCGGAGAAAUUAAGAAGUUUAUCCGAUUCUCAUUACAAGUAUCCAGACACAAGUUUAACUAGUUGCGAAAUAGAAAAAUAUUCUAAGUGA